AUGGAAGAGCCUGCAGCUCCCUUAGAACCCCAGGAGGUAGCGGGUGCUGAGGCAGGUGCUGAGGCAGCAGGGGAGGUUGCCUCCGGGCCUGACCUCCCUGGGAGCGAGGCCUCCGGGGCUCCGAUGGCUUCAGACUCAGCCCCUCUACACGUGGCUGUGGGCUCUCCCCCCUUCCGGACGACUCCGGGCCCUACCCACCUCCGCAUAGCAGGCCUGAGGCCUGCCCAGGCUGCAGGGGGCGGGGCCAGGCCCAUUUCCCUGCCUGGUCGGAGCAGCGGCAGCUGGACAAAGCAGGUGGUCUGCAGGUAUUAUCUACAUGGGCUGUGCAAGGAGGGAGAGAACUGUCGCUACUCCCACGACCUCUCAGGCAGGCAGAUGGCCAGUGAGGGCCCUGAGUCACUGCCUCAGGCCUCUGCAGGCAGAGACCCCAGUGCGGCUGCGCACAUGGCGCCCCCCACUCAGGAAGUGGCGGAAGCCCUCCCUGCUGCAUCCUCCCACUCCUUGCCUGUGAUUGGUUCAGCUGCUGAAGGGGGUUCCUUGACAGAAGCUGAGACAGAAAGUGCAGGCCGUGGAGCUGUCGGAGGAGCAGGUUUAGAAGGCUGGGAGGAUGCCAUUGAGUUUGUUCCAGGGCAGCCCUACCGGGGCCGCAGGGUCCUGUCUGCCGCCGAAGCUCCUCCACAGAGCUUGGUGACUGAGAGGGAGCAGAUGGCUGUGGGCAUGGGGGAACAGCUUUGCCCCUAUGCUGCCAGGGGAGAAUGCUUUCGUGGGGAGAGCUGUGCAUACCUCCACGGAGAGAUAUGCGACAUGUGUGGGCUGCAGGUCUUGCACCCCAUGAAUGCUGCCCAGAGGGAAGAUCAUAUAAGGGCCUGCAUUGAAGCACACGAGAAAGAUAUGGAGCUCUCGUUUGCUGUGCAGCGCAGUGUGGACAAGGUGUGUGGAAUCUGCAUGGAGAUUGUGUAUGAGAAGGCCAACCCAAGUGACCGCCGCUUUGGCAUUCUUUCCCAUUGCAACCACACCUUCUGUCUUAAGUGUAUCCGCAGGUGGAGAAGUGCCAGACAGUUUGAUAACAGAAUCAUAAAGUCCUGCCCGCAGUGCAGGGUCACCUCCAACAUUGUCGUUCCCAGUCAGUUCUGGGUGGAGGAGGAGGAAGAGAAGCAGAAGCUUAUUCAGCAAUACAAAGAGGCAAUGAGCAACAAGGUCUGCAGGUAUUUUGCUGGAGGCAGGGGUCACUGCCCAUUUGGAGACAACUGUUUUUACAAGCAUGCAUACCCUGAGGGCCAGGGAGAGCAGCCUCCUAGGCCAGGUGGUGGGCCAUCAGGUGCAUACUGGCAUCAACUUUCCCAGCCUGUGCAAGUGGGAGAGGGCAACAUGCUCUCUAAAAGCAGCAAAAAGGAGCUUGUCACACUUCGACUGGCCAAUCUGUUGCUUAAGCAGUUUCUUUCACUGAGAGAUGAUGAGUUCCCCUUCUCUGAGGACCAAUGGGACUUGCUUCAUUACGAGCUGGAUGAAUAUUUCAAUUUGAAUCUGUAGCUUCAUGCUGUGGCGUGUGGUCUAGUGUACCGAGGCUCUGUCUUCUGCUAUUGCCUGUUUUCUCUAUGUUGAUACACCCUUUGUAUUCAGGGGCUGUUGAGGCCAUUUUUAUGCAGUAUUUCUCUCUGUUUUCUUGUCUGUUCCCUAUAUCUUUCUCCCCAGAUGAUGGUGUUUCUCUGUGUUAUAAAAGAAGCUCUUAAAUCUGUUGUUUUGGUGAAAUGAGUACUACUGUCAGUUUGUGGUUUGUCAUCUUUAUUUUCAAAAGUAUUAGUUCGGUUCUAGUCUAGUGUUUGCAAAACCUCCACACUCAUCUUAAGGUCCUUUAAGAGUAAAUGUGACAGAGUGAAGGGA